AUGUCAGGAGGUAAAGGAAAAGUACACGGAGGUAAAGGAAAAUCCUCGGAAAUCGCCAGAUCUUCCACAUCCCAUUCUGCCAGAGCAGGUUUACAAUUUCCUGUGGGUAGAGUUAAACGAUACUUGAAGAAAAAUGCUCAAAAUAAAAUUAGGGUUGGGUCCAAAGCUGCGAUUUAUUUAACUGCUGUAUUGGAAUAUUUAACUGCUGAGGUAUUGGAAUUGGCUGGUAAUGCUGCCAAGGAUUUGAAGGUCAAGAGAAUUACUCCUAGACAUUUACAAUUGGCAAUUCGUGGCGAUGAGGAAUUGGAUAAUUUGAUUAAGGCUACUAUUGCUUAUGGUGGUGUUUUGCCUCAUAUUAAUAAAGCGUUGUUGUUGAAAGUGGAGAAGAAGAAGAGCAAGUAA